AUUCUCUUUUCCUGCAGGCAUCAUACAAAUCCGGUGGGUACAGAGUGGCGAUGGAAAAUGGAUCAACCUGAAUUGAUCUUGCGAGAGGCUAUUGAGAACCAUCAGAAUAUGAUCAAGCAGUUCAAAGGAGUGUCGGGAGUCAAAGCAGAUCGCUUUGAAGAAGCGAUGACGGCGAAGCACUGUGCGCUGUCCCUGGUGGGAGAGCCCAUCAUGUACCCCGAGAUCAACCGCUUCCUGAAGCUCCUGCACCAGCAGAACAUCUCGAGUUUCCUGGUUACAAAUGCACAGUUCCCAGAGGAGAUUAGGAACCUUGAGCCAGUAACGCAGCUGUAUGUCAGCGUGGAUGCCAGCACCAAAGAGAGCCUGAAGAAAAUUGAUCGGCCCCUCUUCAAGGAUUUCUGGCAGAGGUUUCUAGACAGUUUAACAGCCUUGUCUGAAAAGCAACAGCGCACCGUCUACAGGCUGACGCUGGUGAAAGCCUGGAACGUGGAUGAACUCAAAGCUUAUGCCGAGCUGGUUUCCCUCGGCAAACCAGACUUCAUUGAGGUCAAGGGCGUGACGUACUGCGGUGAAAGCUCAGCCAGCAACCUCACCAUGGCCAACGUGCCCUGGCACGAGGAGGUGGUGCAUUUCGUUCAGGAGCUGGCUGGCCUCAUCCCAGACUACGAAAUUGCCUGCGAGCACGAGCACUCCAACUGUCUGCUGAUCGCUCACAAGAAGUUCAAGAUCAAUGGGGAAUGGUGCACCUGGAUCAACUACGAUCGCUUCCAGGAGCUGGCGCGGGACUACGCGAGGAGCGGAGGCUCCAAGACUUUCACGGCAGCAGAUUACAUGGCCAAAACUCCCCGCUGGGCGCUGUUUGGGUCUAGAGAAAGGGGGUUUGAUCCCUUGGACAUAAGAUACCAGCGAAAGAACAAAACCAAAGACAUCUCCGGGUGUUGAUGUUGCGAAGGGGUUCUCUGAACUCUGAGCCAAUGUAUUUGGGUUUCCAUU